AUGGUUAUUUCUGAUGAAAGUGGGGUACCAAGAAUGAAGGGAAAUUUUCGAGCAAAGUUCAUAUGUUUCAUUUUUGGACUCGGGUCCCUUGCUGGACUGAACAGCUUGUGGACGAUGGGCGAUUACUACUACAAAUUGUUCCCUAGAUACCAUCCUUUGAGAGUAUUUACUCUCAUUUAUCAACCAUUUGCACUAGUAAUUACGAUUAUACUGGUUCACUAUGAGUCAAGGAUCAACACAAGGAUGCGGAACUUGACUGGAUACACACUUUUCUUCACUGGCUCUUUGAUAGUUCUUAUUUUGGAUAUAGCAACAUCGGGAAAGGGGGGAAUUGGGUGUUACAUUGGUUUGUGUGCACUCUCUGCAUGUUUUGGAAUUGCGCAUUCUCAUGUCCAAGGUGGCAUGGCUGGAGACCUAUCUUUGAUGUGUGCUGACUUCAUCCAGUCCUUUCUUGCUGGAAUAACUGCAGCAGGAGCUCUAGCCUCUGUUUUGAGACUUGUCACCAAAGCUAGUUUUGAGAAAUCUGAUAAUGGUCUUCGCAAAGGGGCUUUGCUAUCCUUUGCAAUCUCUACAUUCUUCCAGUUUCUAUGCAUUAUCCUGUAUGCAAUCUACUUCCCUAAGUUGUCCAUAGUAAAAUACUACCGUUCAAAAGCAGCCUUAGAAGGAUCAAAAACUGUUUCAGCAGAUCUUGCUGCAGCCGGCAUUCAGAACAUGACAAGCCAACAAGUUGGAUUUGAGGCUAAUCAACAAGAAAGACUAAGCAAUAAGCAACUAUUUAUUCAGAAUCUUGAUUAUGCCGCCGACUUGUUUCUAAUACAUGUGUUAACCUUGUCCAUUGUACCUGGAUUCUUGUAUGAAGAUACAGGAUCACACAAGUUAGGAACAUGGUACCAACUUGUUUUGAUAACAAUGUACAACAUAUUUCAUCUAAUAUCCACAUAUAUUCCCCUUAUCAAAUGCCUGAAGUUGGAAUCCAGGAAGAGAUUGCUCAUUGCAACUCUUUCAAGAUUCUUGCUGAUCCCUGCAUUUUACUUCACAGCCAAAUAUGGUGGCCAGGGAUGGAUGAUCCUUCUUGUGUCUUUCUUGGGACUAACCAAUGGCUACCUCACUGUUUGUAUUUAUACCGUGGCACCUAUAGGUUACAAGGGUCCUGAACAGAAUGCAUUGGGUAAUUUGCUUUCGUUGGGGCUUAUGAGUGGCAUAUUUGCUGGGGUUGCCCUUGAUUGGUUGUGGCUCAUUGGAAAUUCAGAAAAUUUCUAA